GCGCGCUCUCUCAGUGGUCCUAUAAACCACAACAACAACAACAACUUGCCACGAAGCUUUCACUGGGUCUCACCAUCAACAUUUUAAAACAAAUAGUUCGGAAUACUAUUUUCCUUGAGAUUCUGAUCACUGAACUCGUUCUUAUAGCAGAAGAGUUAGACUCACGUUGGCAGCGUCCAGUGUCAUGAGGUUCAUAUGAAGGCCAGAAUUACUUCAUAUGUAGAGUUUCAGUGCUGAAUUUCAUGAAACCAACAAUUUCAGAAACUCUACAUGAACAUGAAGCUGACCUCAACAUUCUGUUAAUGUUGAUGUUGCAUGAUUUGGAUAUGCAAUAAUUUAGCAACUAAGAGAUGAUUUGGAAUCUGAAUAUGCAGCAGUUUUCAUUAAAUAUUCUCAGCUUUAACUUUGUGUUGCAUGUAAUUAAUAUUUAUUAAUAUUUAUUUAGUGAAGGGAUUCAGGGAAACCGGUUAUUUUCAUAUAGUUGGACUUGAGUCCUGGAAAUGGGAAGUACAAUGCCUGCACUUUAAAGGAGGAGUUUGGGAUAUUGGCAGUUUGGAGGGAUAUGUUGUGUAUCUUUAUACGUAUAUGCUUCUAAUCUGUUGUAUUCUGAGCACCUCUGCAAAAACAGUGAUAAUGUGUGAGUGUGGUGAAAGUGUUGAAUGAUGAUGAAAGUAUUUUCUUUUUGGGGAUUUUCUUUCUUUUUUGGGUCACCCUGCCUCAGUGGGAGACGGCCGACUUGUUGAAAAAAAAAAAAUCUCUACUUAUAAAAAGAUUCACUAUUUAUGGUAUAAAGUUCAUUAAUUGCAUUUGCCAUUUACAUAGGAGAUAAAGUUUUUAGUCAUAUCAUUACACUAGUUAUUGUCAGUUAUUCUCAGAACUCAUAAGGCUUGUGUAUGUAUUCAUUGUUAGUUGUAAGUAAAACUUGCAUGGCCUGUGUGUGUAUUUGUUGUUAGUCUUAACUAAAACUUGCUUGGCCUGUGUGUGUAUUCAUUGUUAGUCUUAACUAAAACUUACAUGGCCUGUGUGUGUAUUCAUUGUUAGUCUUAACUAAAACUUGCUUGGCCUGUGUGUGUAUUCAUUGUUAGUCUUAACUAAAACUUACAUGGCCUGUGUGUGUAUUCAUUGUUAGUCUUAACUAAAACUUACAUGGCCUGUGUGUGUAUUCAUUGUUAGUCUUAACUAAAACUUACAUGGCCUGUGUGUGUAUUCAUUGUUAGUCUUAACUAAAACUUACAUGGCCUGUGUGUGUAUUCAUUGUUAGUCUUAACUAAAACUUACAUGGCCUGUGUGUGUAUUCAUUGUUAGUCUUAACUAAAACUUACAUGGCCUGUGUGUGUAUUCAUUGUUAGUCUUAACUAAAACUUGCUUGGCCUGUGUGUGUAUUCAUUGUUAGUCUUAACUAAAACUUACAUGGCCUGUGUGUGUAUUCAUUGUUAGUCUUAACUAAAACUUACAUGGCCUGUGUGUGUAUUCAUUGUUAGUCUUAACUAAAACUUACAUGGCCUGUGUGUGUAUUCAUUGUUAGUCUUAACUAAAACUUACAUGGCCUGUGUGUGUAUUCAUUGUUAGUCUUAACUAAAACUUACAUGGCCUGUGUGUGUAUUUGUUGUUAGUCUUAACUAAAACUUGCUUGGCCUGUGUGUGUAUUUGUUGUUAGUCUUAACUAAAACUUACAUGGCCUGUGUGUGUAUUUGUUGUCAGUCUAAAUUAAAACUUACAUGGCCUGUGUGUACUCAUUAUCAGUAUGCAGGUAUCACUGGUGUUUAUUAUCAGUAAAUUUGAAAAAAAUAAAAUAUGUAGAUGGUGUAAGACGGUAACAGAAUAGCUGGUGUAAGAUGUUAACAAUGUUCUUUCCACUCAAGCAUAAGAACAAUGAAGAAAUCACAUAAUUUGUUCAGUGUUCUUUUCUAACUUUUAUGAAAUUUAUCUAAUAAACUGCAAGAAUGCUGUAGUGGAGAGAAAUGUUUUGGUACUUGCAUCCUGAGUAUUACUGGGGUAAGUUUAUCUGUGUUACUCAUUCUUUACUGACCAAUUAUUUUUUAUCAGUCUAUACAGUAUUUUCCAAACACUUGUGAAGACAAACAUUUAAAAUAAACACUGCAAGUGAAAAGUUCAUCAGUGUUCAUUGCUAAAAGAAAAAAAAAAGUGUAGUCUUACUCAACACAGCCAAGAGAAUUUUUUUCCAGCAGAAAUUACGAUUGACUGUCUCAGCCAUAACUGCUUUGAUGACCCAGCCUCCAGCAGUGAUUGUCGCAGUAAUAAGUGCCUAGAUGACCUAGUUUCCAGCGGUGAUAUUUCCAGUGGCAAUUGUUUAAAUGGCUCAGUCUCCAGCAGUGAGUGUUUCAGAGACAGCUUCACUAACUCAGUUUCCAUCAGUUAUUGCUCCACCAGUAACUCCCUCAAUGGCUGUCUCUCCAGCAGUUGUUAUGGAGACAUUUACCUCAGUGGCCCAGUCUCCAUCAGUAACUGCUCAAGAGACAAAUGCCUUGAUCGCCCAGUCUCCAUCAGUGAUUAUUCCAGAGACAACUGCCCCUAUGCCUUGGUCUCCAUCAGUGAUUAUUCCAGAGACAACUGCCCCUGUGCCUCAGUCUCCAUCAGUGAUUAUUCCAGAGACAACUGCCCCUGUGCCUCAGUCUCCAUCAGUGAUUGCUGCAACAAAAACUGCCUCGAUGGCCCAGUCUCCAGCCAGUAACCACAUCGAUGUUGAUAUGAAAAAAUCUUUGGAAGUAAUGCAAAUGAGAAGCGAUAAAGAUGGGAAGUCAAAGUGUUCAAUAUGUCUAAAAGAAUUAGCUUCCAGACCUAAUUUAGUGUCACAUAUGAGAAUUCACACAGGUGAAAAACCAUUCAAGUGUUCAGUGUGUUUAAAAACAUUUUCUUGCAGGUCUUCUCUAGUGACUCACAUGAGAAUACACACGGGAGAGAAACCAUAUAAAUGUUCAUAUUGUUUAAAAGGCUUUUCAGAUAAUUCUAAUCUAUUGAAACACAUUAAAACACACACGAAGGAGACGCCCUUCCAGUGUUCAGUGUGUCUAAAAGAAUUUAGAUACAAAUCUACUCUCGAGGCACACAUGAAAGCUCACACAGAAGUUAAACCAUAUCAGUGUUUAGUGUGUCUAAAAGACUUUUCAAGAAAAUCUGUGUUAGUGACACGUAUGAGAGCUCUAACUGAAAAGAAACCAUAUCAGAACUCAGAGUGUCUAAAAUGUUUUAUGCAAAAAAUGAAUCUUUUAAGUCAUACAGGUACUCAGUCAAAAGAUAAAUUAUACGAUUAUUUGAAAAAUGUAAAAGAUUUUGAAAACCUGGUCCCUUCUAAGAUUUGAUUUUUGGUUGAAAUAUAACUCUUGCGACUGGUUUUUGUCUUGAUAAACACUUGGCCAGUUCAUACUAAUGAUGCCAGCAGUGAUCACACAGGUGCUGGGUGAGUAUUUGGAAACUUAUUAAGCUGAAACUGGACAUCAGUUGAAAUUGAGGAGUAAUAGUGAGAUGCUUUCUGUUCAACAAAUUUUUUUAUGAAAAAAAAAAGAGAGAAAAAAAAUACAGUUGGUUUCAUAAGAUAUGAUUUAUAUCAGCAAGGAUUCUAAUUUCUGUAAAGGAAGUGAUUUUUCUGAGGUAGAUGAUUUCUGGAGGAUUUCAAAUUAAUGUGAGGUGGCUGAUUUGUUCACUGAUUUAUUAUGAAAUGAAUUUUUGUUAGACUGCAGCAUUUUUUCAUAUGUAAAAUA